GUGAAAAAUUAUCGGAUCAUUAAAUAUGAGUAAUCAUCAAUCUGAUGCUGAUUAACAAAAGGUGAAAUCGAUUUCCGAUCAUUCCUUAGUGAAAUCUCAUUCGUAAUCAAUCAAAGAUAUAGAGUUAUCAGUUUAUAGAUGGGCUAUUUUGCUUUUGUACUUUUUAGUUGUAUUGGUGAAUGGAGUGCCAUACGAAAUAUGCGUGCCAAUAAGUUCGUUUAUGGCUGAGAUAUAUAAUGUAUCCUUGGCCGUAGUUGCAACAGCCUCGACGGUGUUUAUGGUUAUGCAUCCAAUAUUGUCAUUUGUUGCUGCUUAAAGUAUAUAGAGUAAUUCUAGUUAGCAAUUUCAAAUUACGGAUGGGCAUCUGCUACCAAUUUAGGAGUAAUACUAACAAUUGUCGGCUGUGCUAUUAAGUUAUUGAUAAACCAAGCAGGGUAAACAAUAUAUAUUAUAUAUGUAGAUUUUCAGUUUUGAUAAUCGGGCAAGUUCUAUGUGGAAUAGGAAGACCUUUUAUUUUGAAUUCUCAAGCAUCGAUGGCCAUGAGUUGGUUCCAUCCUAAGACGAGAAUAAUCAUAAUCACUCUGCUAAAUGUAGUUAAUACAUUAUCUUUGGUUGUUUCAGCUUAAUUGCCUGGGAUAAUGUUUAAGGGGUAUAAAUUGGAGAACGACCCAGAAUGUGAGGAUGGAAGAGACAAAAUGUAAAGUUUAUGCUUACUUGAAUUUUACAUAAGUUUGGCCAUAGUGCCUAGUUUAUUUAUGUUGAGGAGCAGACCAAGUUAGGUUCCUGUGAAGAUAAAUAAAAUUGAAAGAAAAGGCGGCAUGAUGAGGAUAAUGCUCAGACUAUUCAAAAAUAGGAACUUUGUGUUACUGUUCAUUCCAUUUAGUCUCUACUUUGGGAUCCUAAAAGCCUACCUGGUAAUAAUGGAAUUGUUGAUGGCUCCGUACAAAUACGAAACUGAUUAAGUGGCUGGUGUUGGUAUUAGAAUGUAAUUAUUAUAAUAAAGUUUCAUUUCCUUUGAUUGGCGGAUUGAUAGCCUAAGGAGCAUUGCCCUAUAUUGUGAACAAGUAUAAAGUACAGAAACAGUUUGUUCGUAUAUUUUUGUUAUGUUCAACACUAUCAAUGGGGUCAUUAUACUUUGCUUUGUCAUCGAAUAACGUGGUCUACAUUUAUAUAGUAAUUACUCUCUUGGCCAUGUGUGUGAUGCCCAUACUACCUGUGAUCAUGGACAUGGGAUGUGAUUUGAUAGCACCAAUAGAACCAUCAUUCGCAGUGGGUGCCUUUUAUAUGGGGAGCAUGCUAUUCUUCGUGGUUUUCACUUACAUCUUGACAUUCAUUACUGGAAAGGACAAGCAGGACAAGAGAGUGUUGUUCACGAACAUUUUCUCAACUGUCAUGCUAAUCAUAGGAUUAGUUUGUAGUCUAUUUCUAAAGAUCGAUGAUUCAUACCAUGAUUUGGAUGUAGAAUAGGACAAGGCUUCUUUAGUUUAUCCUUUAGAGAAGAGUCAAUCUGUAGUCAAAGGAAAGGGGCCAUCUGUGUUUAGAGGAACUUAAUCUAAAAUGAGUGUGUAGUAUCAGAAGGGAUCCAUGUUCAGUGUACAGUAUCAAUGUAUGUUUAGUGCUCAUAUAACAAUAUCAGCAUUGUAGGUGAUGUGCCAAUAAUCCCGGGAGAGGAGGCAGAGGAUCCCUUUGAGUAAGAACAACAAGAGUGAGUAAUAAAUUUAUAUAUUUG